GGAUGAUCUACACCAACACGGAUUGGCACAUGUAUCAAGAAAGCUGUACUUCAUCGCUCUCUAUAUCAAGGCGAAACAGCUGUUUGAAAGAUGUCUUUAACAAUUCAGCAAAUACUUCUCGAUGCCAAGCGCUUAGCCAGUCGACUAAAAGAGCAUGAUUCUGCAGCUGAUGCAUUAUUAUCACAAACACAGUCUGUUUAUAAACAAAUAGAUGCCAUGAAGCAGUAUCAAGAAGAAGUAGGAGAUCUUAAUGAAACAGCCCGGCAACGUCCACACACAGUACUAGUUGCAGGAAUACAACAAGAAAACCGUCACCUACGUGAAUUACAGCAAGAAAAUCGGGAGCUAAGGGCAGCAUUAGAAGAGCAUCAAAAUGCAUUGGAACUCAUUAUGUCAAAAUAUCGCCAACAAGUUACAAAACUAGUUUCAAGCAGUAAACAGGAUUUAACAAAUAUUCAUGCCAACAAUAAAUAUUCUCAGUUAAUCUGUGAACAGUCAGAUAAAAUCUGUGAAAUGGCUGCUGUGAUGGAACAUGCUGCCGAGACAGAUGACAAGAGGGCUUUUAGUGAACAAGAACUAGUUUCAAAACUCACAACAGAGAAUAAAGGCCUACGAGAAUUGCUUGAAAUAUCUUGCAAGUUUGGAUCACUACGAUCAUCCUUUCUUAAGAUUGAGGCAGAAGACAAAGAAAGUCAAACAGAAGCCAUUCUAGAUGCAUCCUGACGUGGAACUUAAUGUGAUAGCAAUGAAUGGAGCUUUGAAAAGACAGAUUAAUAUGCAAGUCACAGCUGUACAUAAAUCUAUAACUGAAGUAUCAUUAUGGUCUAUUAACCAAAAUGGAGGGAAUGAACUCCCUUGGCAAUAUUCUGGAGUGACAGUUAUGCAGUCAUUGUACAAGGAUGUAUUCAAAGCUGUAAUUUUAUUUAUUAUUUAGGUUAAAUUCCAAAGUAUGUUCUAAGCAAAUUAAAAUUACCUUACCAUCCAUUUCCUUUUAACGAUUUUUUCAAUAUCUUACUACACACAGUUUGAAAAUUCUCUGCCAAAGCUGCUGUUAUCAUUACUGUAACAUUAAUGAACUUACGUUAAUGGUAUAUGCUUUGUUUGGUGCAGCUUCACUAAGUAACAUUUUCAAAAUAUUCACUCAUUCAGUAUGAGUUAUUAUAAGAUUUGGGAAUACAGUCAACUCCCAAUUAUUCUGGUUAAUAAAGGGCAUAAGCUGCACAAAUAA